AUGGCUAAAGGCAAGUGGAUCGACAAGCGCACGGCGCAACACUUCACUCUCGUCCAUCGACCACAAAAUGACCCUCUCAUCCACGACGAUGAGGCUCCCUCCAUGGUGCUGAACCCGACGCAGAAGCAACCUGGAUCAUCGAAGAAAGGAAAACAGCUCGAUGACCUCGCCUCUGAGUUUGGUUCCGAGGCUGCGGACAUUCGCGCCAAUGAGGGCGAGGCGGCGAACUAUGGCAUCUACUACGACGACACUGAGUACGACUACAUGCAGCACAUGCGCGACCUCAACGCUGGCUCAGGAGGCGACGUAGUGUUUGUCGAAGCCAAGUCCACCGGCAACCUGAACAAGGGCAAGCAAAAGCAGUCACUUGCCGAUGCGCUCAAAGACAUGGACCUUGAAGGGGGCUCGCAAGUCGACGUGGACGAGGAAAUGCUACCAUCCAAGAACUUGACGAGGUUGACAUAUGAAGCACAACAGGACGUCCCGGACUCAAUAAAGGGCUUCCAACCCGACAUGGACCCCAGGUUACGAGAGGCGCUUGAGGCACUGGAGGACGAGGCCUAUGUUGAUGAGGACGACGACGAUAUCUUCAAGAAGUUGACAAAGGAUGGCGAGGAGCUCGAGGACUACGAAUUCGACGAAUACGAAGACGAUGGCUACGAGUCUGACGAUACUGCCAAACCCAAUAAGGAGUACAACGACGACGCGCCAGACCUAGUGCAGACCCGAGGCGAGCAGCCUGAGGAGGGACCCUCGCAGGACUGGCUGGAGGACUUCAAGCAAUUCAAAAAGGAGCAGAAGACUGGGCGCGCGCUUCCACCAGGUGCGCCCUCAGAGAUGCAGACGGCCUGGACCACGACUACCAACGGAGGCAAACGCAAGAAGCGGAAGGGCGCACUGACCGACGCGUCAAGCUACUCCAUGACAUCGUCCUCCAUGGUGCGAACGGACCAGAUGACGCUGCUGGAUGCGCGGUUUGACAAGAUCGACGAAGCGUACAAUGAGGACAUGGACGACAUGGCGUCCGUGUCGCAGGCUUCGGGCAUGUCGACGGUAGACGGGCCGACGAGAGGCGAUUUCGACAACAUCUUGGAUGAUUUCCUCGGCAACUACACAAAGCCGGGUAAGAGGACGAACAAGAAGACAAAGGCGCAGACAGGAUUGGAGCAGUUGGAGGAGAUCAGGCAAGGCCUCGGACCAGCGCGCUUUCGCACAAAUACCACGACUACACCCAGCACAACCAAUAAUCCCUUUGCUCCCGCGACGACUCCGAAUCCUUUCGCGCCGGCUAUUACCAAUCAUGUACCGAACGGGCCUUUCUCGCGAGGCGCGACGCCCAAUGGUGAUGUGAGCGAAGCCGGCCUUGCCAACGGCCAAGGCAAGGACAAGCCAAAUGGGAUAGAAAGCACCCAGAAGAAUGGUACCAGCAGAACGGGUUCUGCCACGCCACAAGUCGCGCGCCCAUUCGCAGCUGGGAAAGCCCUUGGUACGCAGAAGCAGCCCAAGCCUUCGGCACCGGAGGCCGACUCGAGUAGCGAAGACACCGACGGCCAGCCAUUCCAAGCCCAAGAGAUCCCAAGCACAACCGAUCCGUAUGCGCGGCGCGUGUACGAGCAACUGCGCAAAGACAACAUUCGACCUCCGAAAUGGCCCUCGAAACAAUACCAUACGCUGUACGACAAAAAGAUGGAACACUUCCGAAAUCAGUACGAAGCGUACCGCCAAAAAGUGCGCGAAUCACUCAUCAAAGCCGGUCUUCUCGAUGAUCCAAACAAACGAAGAGCGCUCAAGGACGCGAUCGAUUUUAGGGGCAUUGCGGAAGACAUGUGCCCAGAAUGGGAGAAAAUCACCCGUAUAUUUGAAGGCGAUGUCGUCAAGUCGGAGAAGAAUGAGGUCUCAGACAUACCCGAGACUUCGAAGAUGGUGAAAAAGAUUGCGCGCUCGGCUGCCGGGCAAGAUGCGCCGCUUCCAAUGGAUGUGCGCUCGAUCCCAGCACUCCAGAGGACACUCGACUAUCUGGUGGGCGACUUGCUUGACGACGAGGAAAAUCUUGCCAAUGUGCAUGGCUUUUUAUGGGACAGGACGAGAGCGAUUCGACGAGACUACACCUUCUUCUCGCGACUGGAACCGGAAGAGAUCAAAUCGCAAGUCGCAGUAUUUGAGAAUAUUGCGCGGUUCCACGUCACUUCUCUGCAUCUUCUUUCCCGGAAAGACGUGGAUGCGGAAGGUUUCGUGGAGCACCAGGAGACGGAGCAGCUCGCGCGGACCUUGCUUAGCCUGAGAGAUCUGUACGACGACUGUAACCAACAAGGCAUCGAAUGCCCCAACGAGGCCGAAUUCCGGGCGUACUACCUGCUCUUCCACGGACGGGACCCCGACGUCAUUGAGACCCUGCAAAGAUCAUGGCGACCAGAGCUGUGGAAGAAAUCAGAGGAGAUACAGAUUGCAGUCUCGCUCAUCGAGGCGCUACAAAACACGCAAGACUUCCAGGGGCCUAUCGUCAAGACGAUACCAAACUCAACUGAUCCAGCUUUGGCGCCGGCCCCGGCAGCGUCCGCCUCGUACCUGACUUACUUCCGGAUACUAGAGGACCCAUCUGUCUCGUUCACCAUGGCUUGUUUUGCCGAGUGCCACUUCCCGGUACUGCGCCGUUCAAUCGUCAAUUCGCUGGUGAGAGCCCUUGCUCGACCCAAGGUAACCAGCAAAGAUCUUACGGCGGCUGGACUCAACAAGUUCCUUCGGUUCGACACUGCAGCAGAAGCCGUGGACUUUGUGGACCUCGCGGGCUUGCAGGUCGAGGUGGACGACAGCAUCAUUGACGACGUCAGCGACGGCAGCAACCAGCGGUUGCUGCUAGAACAUCGCCAGGAACUCGAUUGGCCGUCCAAGCUACCCCAUCAAUCUUCCGAGAAGCUCGUCGGCAGGAAGCGAGGCUCAAAAACCCUCGUCGAAGUCAUCCGGGAAACUGUCUACGAGAAUGGACAGUCGACGAAGAUAGCCACGCCAUCACCAGCACCGACACAAAUGGCACGCCCGGCUGUGACGAAAACACUGUCUCCCCCCAGCCAGCAGGCACCACCACCCAUGCCAAAUGCGCUGUCCAGCAACAGUGUCUCAGACAAUGCCAGCCCGGGGCUCAAGACUAGCCCAUUUGGACUUCCCUCGACGCAAGCACCACAGACGGCACACAACCCUUUCGCAGCAGCAGCAAGCAGCAGCAAGGACGUACCGAAGUUUCCCUUUGGGUCAGCGGCACAAUCCACUUCGGUAUCGGCCCCUCAGCUCGCAGGUGCUUCAUCACCAGCGUCAGUAUUGAGUCAGCCAGUAGCCGCAACGAGUACACUUGGCGGAGUGUUCAGUGCCGGCAAGGCAACGGACCAAAAGGCUCCCACACCAGGCCUCUUUUCGGAACCCACAGACAAAUCAGCCGAAGCUCCUACGCAGAACACGGACUCCCCCAAGCCGAGCCCUUUCAGCAUGAGUAAGCCGCAACAACCGGAUGCCACUCAGAAGAGCGCUGCUCUCAAACCAGCUCCUGCAUUCAGCUUCUCUCAACCACCAAAUCCAACAGGCACUCCAGCGACAACAGCCUCUACAACACCACCAGGCAGUCCGAAACGGGACUCCACUAAAGGGCAGGCCGCCGCCAAACAGACUACUUCUGCAACUCAAGCUGGUCAAAAUGCAUCUGCAGCGGCCGCCGUCCCUAGUCAAUCAAACCCUUUCAAGCAGCCGGCCACCAGUACAGCAACGCAAAUAGGGACGCUAGCUCCCCCCUCCGAGCAGGCACCGCAGACUCUGACCGCCCCAAAGGACAUUAUGGGUGCUUUCUCUAGGUGGUUCGUCCUUGGCGAUACCGGUAUCAUGGACCAAUUCACGGAGUAUAUCAUCAGCGAGAUCGCCGGGGAAGCUUACAAUCAGUGGAUAACAGAAGAGACAGAGAGGAUCCGGAAAGAGGAGGAAGAUGCGAUCAACGCGGAAGUGGAGGCGUUUAAGAUCAGGAAUCUGCGGAUCAAGUUCUUUUAUAGAUGGAAGAAGAAUGCGCGGGCGAAGCGAAUGGCAACAUUACGUCGGCAACAACGGGAAGAGCUUCGAAGAUACAAGGAGCAGCAAGCGGAGGAGCGAAGGGAGACGGAGCGACAGCAGCGAAGAGAAGAAAGGAAAGCGAAACUGGCCAAGGCGGAUCGUGCGUCCGAGAUGGCGGAGAUUGCGCUGAGGGGGAGGAUGAAGAGGAAGAACGACGCUGAGCAAGCCUUACUCGACACUGGCGUUCUCUCUGGCGUGACAGACGAGCGCCGAUCCGUCAAGAGGAUUGCACGAGGGGACCAUAUGGUGGAGGAAGGCAGCCGGCCCGCCAGUAGGGCCUCCUCGAUGGCCUCGUCUACAGCGUCGACAUCGUCCAGGUACAAGGGCAAAGCUAGGCUACUCUAUGAUAAGUUUGCCGGGAAAGCCAAGGAGGGCUUCUACAGUUCUAUGCCUUCAUUCCGAAGCACAGUCAGCCCCAAGCCGAACAAGAGCAUUAGCAAUGCUUCCGAACGCUGGAAACUCAAGGCCAUGGGCAUCGUGCAGAUGCCCGACGGAACCGCACUCCCGGAGAGGAUGGCCGACGCCGUUCUCAGUGGACAAACGCCAUACCCGACGGCACGGCAACGGGCAUCGUCCUACAGCACCCUGGACCGCCGCUCUCUUCAUGGUGCGAUGAGCCCGCCCCCUCGCCCCCAUGUAAAUACAUCCCUGUCUCGGUCUACUGGCGCCGGCAGCCCUCCUACAACUAACAAACGCAAGAGGAACGGCGAAGACGACGAGGUUGAGAUUAUGGACAACGGUGACACUGCGGUCGGCGAGAAUCCAAACAAACGCAUGCUGAGCGAAAGCGAACAAGUGAUCAACGACCUCCGUGCUAUGCGCAAGGAGCUCGACGAAGACACGGCCUGGCUCCGCACGGAAAGAAUACGAUGGGAGAGCGAGUCAAGAAGUAGAGCGAGUACGCCUUGGGGUGGGGCGUAG